AUGUCGGCCUCACCUCCCCCGAUGGAGGGACCAAGCCGAAACUGUGGCCACUGCAGUGCGGCUGCCUCUCAGCACUGCGCCGGAUGUCGCAAUAUCAAAUAUUGCGACCGCAACUGGCAGAAGAAAGAUUGGCACCUCCACAAGCAUCUUUGCAAGACCUUUGCCGAUUUCGCCGAGCCUCCUGGACCUAAUCUCCGCCGCAUCAUCAUACUCCCGGAGAGUUCUGACAAGCCUCACUUUGCCUGGAUGGAGACGUACAAGGUUGAAGGUCGGGAAGACUACGAAGACCCAGAUUCAAUCAACGACAAACUUGGAGUUCGAUACUACGACCAGGAGGAGGGCGGCGAGAUGAGCGAAUUUGGCGGAAUCUUUGGCGAGAACAGCAGCGUCGAUUAUGCCCUCGAUAUCGUGCUGGGAAAGCGCUGCAAUGGCGAGCUCCUUGACCAUAGCCUCAACAUGCUCUGCGGCUGCGACACAUGUCCCGUCAACCUGAACAAGUGCCUCGACAACCUGACCUCCGGCCACGCCAAGUCCAUGGGUGUGCUCGGUCGCGGUGACAAAGCCAUAUUUGCCACAUCGAAUGUCGUCGAGUCGAUGUUCGUCCGCGAUGCUGACUGCUCCGACUUGACGCUUGCGAUCAAAGGCUGGGUGGCGUACGAAGAGCUGAGUCGCAGGCAGAGAGCCGCAAUGCGAACCUUGAAUCAUCCUGGCUACAUCGAUAUGGAGAAAAUGGAGGAGAUGGAGGAGAUGUUCCGUGCCAAGGCACAGUCCAAGCAGCAACACAACAGCGACUGA